GACAGUGUUUUUAUACUUCAUUAAAAGCAGAUCUCGCAUGUGAGGAAAUGGAGUGACCAAACGUUGUUGUUGCAAAAUAAUGCCGGCUCGAUCAAUUCCCGCGCUUGCUCUCCUCCUUCCGGUUUGAGACGAAUGCGGCCUCCGCUUCCCCUCCUCCCGCCGCACCUCCUCCGCCGCCUCGACGGCCGCACCCUCUCCACGCCGCUGCUCGACCCCCUCAUCCGCACCACCUCUUCCUCGCCCUCCACCCCGCACCACUCCUUCUCCCUCUACCUCCUCCUCCUCCGCUCCGCGCUGCGGCCCUCCCACCUCACCUUCCCCUUCCUUGGCCGCGCCGCCGCUCGCCUCGCCUCCCCGCGCCUCGCCCUCUCGCUCCACGCGCACCCGCUCCGGCUCGGGCUCCUCCCCUGGGACAUCUAUGUCGCGAAUUCACUCGUCCACAUGUACGCGGCCUGCGCGCUCCCCGACCUCGCCCGCCGCCUAUUCGACGAAAUACCGCGGCCGAACCUUGUUUCCUGGAAUGCCCUUCUCGAUGGCUACGCCAAGUGCCACGACCUCCUCUCCGCCCGCUGCGUGUUCGACCGGAUGCCCCAGCGGGACGUGGUCUCCUGGAGCGCCAUGAUCGACGGGUGCGUCAAGUGCGGGGAGCAUCGUGAGGCGCUGGCGUUGUUUGAGAUGAUGGAGACCACGGGGGCUGGCAAUGGUGUUAGAGCGAAUGAUGUCACAAUGGUCAGUGUGAUAGGCGCGUGUGCUCAUCUGGGGGACCUUGGGCGGGGAAGGCAGAUGCAUCGGUACCUUCAGGAGCGUGGCUUCCUGCUGAACCUCAGGCUCGCCACCUCUCUUGUGGACAUGUAUGCCAAGUGCGGGGCAAUCAGCGAGGCGCUUGAGGUGUUUCGGGUCGUGCCAGUGACCAGCACCGAUGUUCUGAUAUGGAACGCUGUGAUUGGUGGACUUGCAGUGCAUGGGUUGAGCAUGGAGUCGGUGGAGAUUUUCCAGGAGAUGCAACAUUCUGGUGUUGUCCCAGAUGAGAUCACAUACCUUGGUUUGUUAAGUGCUUGCGUACAUGGUGGUCUAGUGGGUGAGGCCUGGAGAUUAUUUCACUCACUUGAAGCUCAAGGGCUCAGACCACAUGUUGAGCACUAUGCUUGUCUUGUAGAUGUGCUUGGUCGAGCGGGCCGCUUGGAGGAAGCAUACGGUGUUGUUAAGAGUAUGCCAAUGGAACCCAAUGUGUCUGUACUUGGUGCUCUCUUGAAUGCAUGCCAUCUGCAUGGAUGGGUAGAGUUGGGGGAGGUAGUCGGCAGGCAGCUUGUUCAAUUGCAGCCAGAUCAUGAUGGCAGGUACAUUGGGUUGUCCAAUAUCUAUGCUAUUGCUAGGCGGUGGCAAGAGGCAAAGAAAGCAAGAAAGGUGAUGGAGGAGAGAGGAGUGAAAAAGAUCCCUGGGUUUAGCGAGAUUGAUGUCGGUGGAAGGCUCCACAGGUUUAUUGCCCAUGACAAGGCUCAUUCUGGCUCAAGAGAGAUAUAUGCGUUGCUUAAUCUUAUAACGGUGGAGAUGAAAAUGAAGGAUGAUGUUGCCAUUCCAGAGUACUUCUUACAUACAGAUAGGACAAUGGGUGCCUAAUGGAUCUCUCAAAAGUAAGUUCUGCAGCAUUCUGAUCAUGCAUUCUGCCUGAAUCAGGGGAAAUUCAUUGUAGCUCUUGGUUCUGGUUACUUAUGCAGACUUGGUUUGUGUUGAAAAUUUGACUGCCAAACAUAACCUAGUUGUGUGGAGAUCCAUCAAGAGCCAGAUAUUUGAAGAGGAGAUGAAAUACAUUUGUGCGCUGCUACAGGAAGCAGAGCUAUAGAAGAAGUAUGACGUGCGCAUAUAGUCUUGAGAUUCUUUGAGCUGCCAGCGGAAAAGUGCAUUCUGUUGCUGGACAGCAAUCAGAGAGUACCAAACAUCUUCAGUAACUGUUUCACCUAUGGCUUCUGCUUGUAUGGAUUAUUGUUCAUCAGAUAGAUAGAUAAGGGCAAGAACAUUCCAAAGACCACUGACUAUUUAUGCCAGAUGGUGCUGAACCAUGUCGUAGAGAUUUCAUCAAUAUACAUUACAAGUAUGCUUCACAAAUUGAUACACUGGCCAUAGUUUUUCUCAAGAA